GCAGCUACAGCGCCUUGUGGUCUGCUACUCUUGAUAAUAUUAUCAUUAAUAUUUGAUGUAUUUUACCUCACUUUGCCACCUAGGUGUGGGCUCUCUGUCUGUCUGUCUGUCUGUCUGUCUGUCUGGCUUUGACGGCUGACCCCAGGUCAGAUCUCCUGGAUUAAUUGAAGGAGCUGUUCAUGUCCACUGGGCUCACUUUGAAGCCAUUUUAAAAGCUGCUGUAGUCUGGACUGAGACUUCUUCUCCAGGAACUGCGAGGUCGUCGUAAUCAUCGGUCAGAUUGAUCAGAUAAUCUGUUUCUCUUCAAACUCGUCAAGAUGAAGGACCGACUGGCUCAGCUGAAGGAGACGACUGAUGCUGCACCUGAUGAUAUCGAGGUUUCCAUGGAGAAUGAAGCUUUCAUGGAUGAUUUCUUUGCUCAGGCUGAAGAUAUUCGAAUCAGCGUUGACAAGAUUGACGGGAGUGUCGUAGAAAUCAAAAAACUCUACUCCACCAUUUUGGCGGCCCCUACAUCUGACCAGAAAACCCAAGAUGAUCUUGAAGCGCUUACCAAUGAGAUCAAGAAGGCGGCCAACAACGCAAGAAACAAACUCAAGAGUAUUGAGCGGCAGCUCGAGUCAAACGCAGAUGAGCGAUCGUCAGCUGACCUCAGGAUACGAAAGUCACAGCAUGCCAUCCUGGCCAAGAAGUUUGUUGAGGUGAUGACAAAGUACAACGAGGCUCAGGUUGACUUCAGAGAUAAGAGCAAAGGGAGAAUCGCCCGACAACUGGAGAUCACGGGGAAAGCGACGACCGACGAGGAGCUGGAGGAGAUGCUGGAGGGAGGCAACUCGGCUGUGUUCACUGCCGGGGUCAUGGCGUCGAACAUCAACCAGCAGGCUCUGAACGAGAUCGAGGCUCGUCACAAAGACAUCAUGAGGCUGGAGAGCAGCAUCAAAGAGCUCCAUGACAUGUUUGUGGACAUCGCCAUGCUGGUGGAGAACCAGGGAGGCAUGAUUGACAGGAUCGAGGGCAACAUGGACCAAUCGGUGGGCUUUGUAGAGAGGGCGGUGGCCGACACCAAGAAAGCAGCAAAGUUCCAGCAGGAGGCGCGCAGGAAACAAAUGAUGAUCUUCUGCUGCUGUGUGAUUCUAACCAUCAUCCUCGGUUCAUUCGUCUACAGCUUCUUCAAAUAGAGGACUUUUAUUUACUUAUUUACUUAUAUAUAUUUUUAUUUAGCCUUUUUUUUUAAACUAGAAAGUGACGUUGAGGUCAAAAUGUCUUUUACCAGUGAGUAGAGGAUAACGAGGUAGAGAGGAACAUCACAUUUCUCAGAUGGUUACAUAUAACAGAGCAGUUCAUUCAAAGGUAGAACUCGGCUUCAGCGAUGCUUUGCUCAUGUGUCAGGAUAAACGUCAGUUUGUGUCAGUUUUGGCCUCUUGUGUUUGAAUUUGAAGGGCAUCGGGUGCAGGAUGUGUCUAUUCACACUGAGGAGGGUUGGCGUUAGAUUAUGUGAAUGUGAUGGUGCCACUAGAAGACGGGUUAAAAGUUUGGCGGGAUAUUUAAAUCUCACGUCAGUCUGUCCUCGUCGCUGCAUUAUCUCUGUUUGUUUUUGUUCACUGGUUGGCCGACGUUUUUUUUACAGUUUUGUAAAAACCUCUCAGUUUUUACAAAGCUGUCACACCUGGAGGAAUUCAGGUUUGCCUCCACAAAUACGUUGCAGACCCGCAAUAUCAAAGGGAGAUUUCAGAUUUGCUGUAUUUCGGUGCCGACUCUGCCACGUGUGCCCUUGGUGCACUGCCAGUCAUGGCUCUGGAAAAACAGAUUUUAGCCACUUCAAAAAAGACAUAUCCCAUAAACUCUACACCAGCUUUAGUCUUUAAUAUCACAUAACAUUACAGUUGUCAUCAGACGGUCUUUUCUGACUGGAAACUAGCUGUUUAUAAAGCCCUCACAAUCCCGCACCAAAUCCCAUAGUAAAAAUCAAGGAUUUUAGCCAACAGGGACAAGAGGCUUGCUGAUCCAUCGCUGCCUCCAUCAGUGAGUUAAAAUAUAUCAUUUUGUAACUGUCAAACUUUUAAAUCAUUUGUUCUAAGUGACACAAAACAGCUACUGUGUCCCUGCAAGCUAAAAAUGAUGAUUUUCUCUGUGUGAGAGCAAACCCUCCAUGUUUCAGGCUGUGGUCAGUGCUGUAUAUGAGCCAGUAUCUCAUAUAUCGCUGGAAUGAGUAAAAUCAAGUCACUAUCAUAAGUAUUGACACAAGCAUAAUUUUUACUUACGUGGAUUUGUUGUUGUUUUCUUUUAACUUGUGAUGCUACUGUUCCAAUACUUGUGCUAUUGACGACAUGUAAUAUUACAAUUCCUAUCAUGCUGGAUAUUAAUCAAUCAAUCAAACGACUGUAUGUGAUCCUGAACAGAGUCAAAGUUAGGAAUGACCUGAGAAGAUACAUUCUGAAUGGUUAGGAGUAGAGAUACACACAGGCCACACUGACACUGCCUUGGGAGUGUUUACUGCUUUAUUUGUAUUUAUUUCAGUUCAUUUUUAUGAUGUGUAUGUGUGUUUUUUCCUAAUUCUUUUGUAAGAACUACAACUGUAUUAUCUUAAAAUUAAAUAAAACAUGGUGGAUAUUGUGGCUCUGUAAGUGUGGAUUCAAAGGAACGGGUCAGAAAAAAGGUCAGGACUACAGGUCAGCCACGGCUUUGUCAGUCACUGUUAGUUUGUGUGAAACUUAGUGAAAACACAGAGUGCGACUGCGUUUCUACACUUUGUAGCAGUUUUAUAGGGGAAAUGAUUUUGUUGUUUUAAAAACAUGUCUUUUCUUGCUCUGUCGGAAAUAAAAAAAUGAACCCAUUAUU